AGAAGAAGAAGAAGAAAAAAAGAGAAGAGAAGAGAACUGGAAAAGUACAGCUGCCAAGUUAGAAAACGAGAUAGAGAAUUAGAAAACAAGAAAGAAAAAGCCACUCAUUCAUACAAAGCAACAAAGUAAAGACUAUCCAUACAAAGCAACGAAGUAGAGACCAUCCAUUAUCACUCUCUCUCAAUAAUACUUCCCAAGCUAAUUGCUAUGGCUUCCCAAGCUCAGCACCUUCACUUCAUCUUGUUCCCUUUAAUGGCCCAAGGCCACAUGAUCCCCAUGGUCGACAUAGCCAAAUUACUUGCACACCGCGGCCUCAUCGUUACCAUAGUCACCACACCACUCAACGCCAAGCGGUUCAAACCAACCGUUACUCGCGCCAUAGCCUCAGGACUUAAAAUCCAAUUCCUCGAGCUCAGGUUCCCCUGCGCCGAGGCUGGAUUACCCGAAGGAUGGGAGAAUCUUGAUGUGCUCCCUUCAAUGGAUUGGGUUCAAAAGUUUUUUGUAGCAACUAGCAUGCUACAACAACCAUUAGAACAAGCCAUGAAGGAGAUGAAACCCGAGCCGAGCUGUAUAGUCUCUGACAUGGGUUUUCCAUGGACAGGUGAUGUGGCUGGUAAGUUUUACAUUCCAAGGCUUGUUUUCCAUGGAACUUGUUGCUUCUCUCUUUUGUGCUCACACAAUUUGAAGGUGUACAAGGUUCUUGAUGACAUAAAAUCAGAGUCAGAGUACUUUGUGGUGCCUGGCUUGCCUGAUAGAAUUGAGCUGACUAGAGCUCAGCUGCCUGGCUUCAAUCCAAGCCCAUCUUCUGCCUUAAAAAAUGUAGCUGAGCAAAUCAGGGAGGCUGAGAAAGUGGCUUAUGGAAUGGUGAUUAAUAGUUUUGAGGAGUUAGAGAUAGAGUAUGUGAAAGAAUACAACAGGGUAAGAGGUGGUAAAGUUUGGUGUAUUGGGCCUGUUUCACUUUGCAACAAAGACAACCUGGACAAGGUUGAUAGAGGCAACAAGGCUUCCAUUGAUGAGCAACAUUGCUUGGAGUGGCUUGACUCCCAGGAACCGAGCUCUGUCAUCUACGCUUGCCUAGGAAGUCUCUCUCGCCUGACAUCUGCGCAGAUGAUAGAGCUCGGGUUGGGGCUUGAAGCAUCAAACCGGCCAUUCAUAUGGGUUUUGAGGGAAGCAUCUGAGGAAUUUGAGAAUUGGAUUUUGGAAGAAGGCUUUGGAGAGAGGACCAAAGAGAGAGGCCUUUUAGUCCGCGGUUGGGCUCCACAGGUACUCAUAUUGUCUCACCCCGCAAUUGGGGGAUUUUUCACUCACAGUGGGUGGAACUCGACUCUGGAAGGGAUUUGUGCCGGUGUGCCAAUGGUGACGUGGCCAUUGUUUGCCGAGCAAUUUUGCAAUGAGAAGUUGGUUGUGCAUGUUUUGAGGAUUGGGGUGAGUGUUGGUGUGGAGCUUCCUAUGAAGUGGGGGGAGGAGGAGAAGGUAGGGGUGUUGGUACACAAAGAUACUGUUAAGAAGACUAUAGACAAGUUGAUGGAUGGAGGACAUGAAGGAGAGGAGAGGAGAGAGAGAGCUAAGCAACUUGGGGAAAUGGCAAGGAGGGCAAUAGAGGAAGGAGGUUCUUCUUACCUCAACAUGACAAUGCUAAUUGAAGAUAUCAGGGAAAAGGCAAAUUGCGAUCCAGAGAAUAUGAUGUAGAACACGCAGCAAAAGAGUUCUUGGAACAGUUAUAUCAAUAAAAGUCUAAGAAGAGGUCGAAUUGAUGUCCAAUGGAAAAAUAUAAUUUUGGAAUACGAGCUCAGAAUUGUUUCAAAUUUAUUAAUUUGAUUGGAAAUGGUUUAAAAGGCAAAAUUCACUGCUUUGUUGUUGCAGAAGCUGGAUGUCGAGUAAAUUCUAUUGUUUAGGACUCCCAAUUUGCAUUUUUGCAUUUUUCACAAAUUUUUAUUUAACAGCAGCUUUGUCUAAGAAUAUUUGUUUUAAACCUUUUUGGUAUUAAAAUUUGAGCUCAACUUAAAUUUA